CCAGGGUUGUGCAAUAGCUGCCUGCCUCCAGUGCAUGUCUCUCUCUCUCUCCCACACAUACACACACAUAGCUGAGUGAGGGCAGUUCUCACAGUGAUUCUCCAUUCAUUCCCUGCAACUGGAUGACAGUGGUUAGAGAGAGAGGGAGAGGUGUGUGUGCAGGUAUUGGUCAGUGUGAGGCAGGUAGGUGCAGGGCGGAUGGGAGAGGAUUUGGGAGUGAUGCUCUACCUCUGGGCUCUGGAGAGCCAGCCUGGCACCUACCCCUCACUCCAUCAUGUUGGAUCACCACGAGGAUGACCGGCCGGAGAGUUGGCAAGGUGCGGUUGUGUCUGCUCGCCCUGUGUGGCUGGGUGGCGAGCGGGAGGCGCCCCAGGAGCAGGAGGAACUUGCUGAUCGCCACGGGGGUUCUGCUGUACGCCUGCUUUGUGGUGCUGCAGGGGGAUGUCUUACCCCGAGAGAGGCUGCAGCGAGCCGCAGGCGAAUCUCCCAGGGAGCCCAGCCGGCUGCUGGUGCAGACUCCACCAACAGGAGGCAGCGGACCGGACAACUUCACCUCCAACCCCAAAGUGGUGUACAUCACUCUCCGCUCGAAAAGGAGGAAACCGCUAAAAAUCAGGGGCACCGUGAGGCCAAAGACCAGGAAGAAGCUCUCGGCUGUGCAGGAGAAUGCUGCCGCUGUGCUGGAGAGCAGGGACAGUGUGGUCCCAGCUGGGGGCAAACCGAGGGGUAAGCCAUCCCCACCCUCCCGAGGGGCAGCAGCUGGGAGGGAGAGAAGCAGCAACAUCCGCAUUUACAGCGACAGGACCCCGUUUUGGUUCAGCCCGGGGGAUAUCACCGCCAUGCGCUUCCUGGCCGAUUCCCGCAUCGACCGCCUGCAGAGGCUCGUCCUCCCGGGCCGUCGGACCGUCCUCCUCUUCCAAGGGGCGGGUGACCACCAGCAGCGCUCCCCAAGGGCGAGCACAGGCCAAGCGGGCCGAACGCCGAGCUGCCGGGCGCCGUGCGGUCUCCUGAAGACCCCGGCGGACAGCAGCGAAGUCUUCGCCUUCCACCUCGAUCGGAUUCUGGGUCUCAACAGGAGUCUUCCCGCCGUGGUUCGAAGGAUUCAAGAUGGUCUACCUCGUCCUGUUAUCCUUUGGCAUGAUUCCUUGUCAAUCGUCAGUAAUGAUAUCCAGUCGACGGUCAAAUUGAAUUGGAUGUCUUAUCAACAAUCACUAAAACGGAAGUGUUGGGUUCAUGGCAAAGUACCUAAACCAGACUGGAAUUGUACUGAUAUCCAUCACUAUGAAUGGUGCAAACUAGCUCUUUUUGAUUUUCUACUGCAGGUUUAUAAUCGCCUUGACAGAAAUUGCUGUGGAUUCAGACCCAGAAAAGAGGAUACUUGUGUUCGAAAUGGCUGGAACGUGAACUGUGACAAUCAGGACAACAUCAAUUUAGUCCAUAUCAUAUCCAGAGAAGAUGAUCAUCGGCAUUUAGUAUUCAUAAAAAAUAAAGGCUACUUUGACAGAAAUGAAGAUAAUUUAAAUUUUAAAGUUUUAGAAGGAAUAACUGAAUUUCCAGAAUCUGCUGUAUCCGUCCUAAAGAAUGGACAUCUUCGAGAAAGGCUUCUUCAGUCCUUGUUCCUUGACAAACUUUAUUGGGAAAGUCAAGGAGGUCGCAGAGGAAUUGAGAAACUGAUUGAUGUGAUUGAAAGGAGAGCAAUGAUUUUUCUUACUUAUAUUAAUGCACAUGGAUUCAAGGUGCUCCCGAUGAAUGAGUAAUUGUUUGCACUAUUGAUUAAUAUCAGUUACAAUAUAGGUUCACUCCUCAACCUUGUGCUUUAUUGCUGUUAUGAAUUUUCUCUUAAUUUCAUCAAACAUAAACUUUAUAUUAUAGAAGUACUUACAGUCAUCAAAUGGUAUGACUGAUGUUUAAGAGACAACAUGAGUUGAGGCAACUCAUAAAUUAUUUGCCAGCAAAACUGCCUAAGGAGGAAAGUAAUUCUAGGAAAGUGUUUUCAAACACUAAAUACUGAAGAAAUAAAUUUAUCAAAUUCUGCUUAAUUUUUAUGAAGUUGGUUUUUUUGCCUGAUGAGGUGAUGUGAUGUUCAGGCCUGAAUUAAUUGGGUUUUUCCACAACAACGUCUCAAUCAGUUAGUUUCCCAGUGAGGUAUAUGACUAGUGAUUGCUUGCAGGGGGCUCUGAGAUUACACCUCCUUUAAAGAAUGCACAGAUACUCCUCAUUAGUCACCUAUGGUAGACAAGCAGACCUGAGCUCUUGCACUACCAUUAGAUUUAGAAUUUGGAUAUAGGUAAAGAAUCAAGAACAUACAAAUACUGCCUAACUGAAAUAAGAGCAGAAAAUGCUAGCACCACAGUAGAUCAGUCAGUAUCCGAGGAGAGAACAAUAAAUUGUAUGCAAUAGGCACUGUAUAAACGUAAAUCUUUUUAUCAACCACCUGCAGCAUGUUCCCAGCAUUUUUAACUCAAACUGAUGUUUGUUUCUUUUGGGUAAAUCGAAGGAGGAGAUAGAUUUUUUUAAUUACUCACGGCUUUAAGUGUAAUGGGCAGUGGGAAGGAAAGUGGAGUUGAAGCUGAGAUGAAAUUAGCCAUGAUUAUAUCAAAUGAUGGAAUAGGCUCAAGGGGCUGAAUUACCUACACCUUCUCCUAGUUCUUACAUUCUUCAAAGAUUAGUCUACUUUUCUCCAUCACAGAUAUUGGAAAUACUCUCAAGUAUGCCCUCCUGGACUUGGUAGCAUAUUUGAACAAUUUAAUCUUUUACUGCUUAAGGUAAGAAUUAUAGGAUCACUUUUGAGAUUUCCCAAAUUUAACAUAUUAUUUUGUCAUUAAAUACAGAACAAAAUCAGCACAAUUAAAACACCAGGAAACCGUUAUCAAUUCACUGAAUUUUAAUAAAACAUUCCAUCCUAUGUCAAUAAAGUGUACUAACAAUUCAUGGAAGUUACAGUUUGAAAAGUAUGUUGUAAACCCCAAUUCUGGCAUCAGCUCAAAGACGUAACAAAAAUACACAUUAAUUUAAAUUGGACUUCUUUCUAACAUGCACAUAAACCUCAAUAAUACCUGCAAAUUAUACAAUUCUUUCAAAGUAAAUGUAUAUAUUACCGUGGUUGAAAAAUUGAGAAAUGAUAGACAUUUGGGAACCAAUGUAUGAAGCAAUGGUAUCACAAUGUAUUAAUGAGUAAUUAAGUUCCUCCCAAAAAUAACAAUACUGCAAUGAUUGCAUGUCAAUAUACCACUCGACCCAAACAACAAAGAUACCAGCCAUUAUGAAAGAAUGCCAUAGAAUCAUCGAUAUAUAUAGCAUGGAAACAGACCCUUCGGUCCAACUCGUCCAUGCCGCCCAGAUAUCCGUACCUAAUCUAGUCCCAUUUGCCAGCACUUUGUCCAUAUCCUUCUAAACCCUUCCUAUUCAUUCACCCAUCCAGCUGCCUUUUAAAUUUACUAGUCUCCACCACUUCCUCAGGCAGCUGAUUUCAUACAGGCACCACCCUCUCCGUGAAAAAGUUGCCUCUUCGGUCUCUUUUAUAUCUUUCCCCUCUCACCCUAAACCUAUGCCCUCUAGUUUUGGACUCCCCCAUCCCAGGAAAAUACCUUGUCAGUUUUCCCUGUGCAUGCCCCUCAUGAUUUUGUAAACCUCUAUAACCUCCGACGCUCCAGGGAAAACUGGCACAACCUAUUCAGCCUCUGUCUAUAGCUCAAAUCCUCCAACCCUGGCAAAAUCUUUGCUGAACCCUUUCAAGUUUCAUAACAUCCUUCCGAUAGGAAGGAGGCCAGAAUUACAGCAAUAUUCCAAAAGUGGCCUCACCACCGUCCUGUACAGCCGCAACAUGACCUCCCAACCCUGAUACUCAAUGGUCUGACCAAUAAAGGUCUCAUCACAACGGGAGAAACCUUUGGAUUGGACAUUAGAAGAAGCCUAUUUGAGGAUAUUGAAGAUCAUAAACCUUUAUUUAUCAUUUCAAACAGCCCACAAACUUCAUGUGAUUCACCAGAUAUUUUAAAAGGAUGGUAUUUUGUAAUGUGACAUAAAUAAUCUAUUCUGUCACUGGGCAAGACUUUGCCAACUUUUAGAUUAUGCAGCAUGGUAGCAGGACAAUUCCAACUCAGACUGAUUUGGCCCAUGUCAAUCUGUAGAGAAACAUUUGCUGUCAACUGAUAUGAUGCAUUAAGACGAACCAUGAACAUUGUACACAAACCUUUGUCUGCAGGGACAGCAAAUGUAGGUCCGAAUACAUAUGGAUAAACUUACUUGGGGAUAGGCACUGACCAACGAUAUGAUAAAAUAUUGUUAUUUUGAAUUAAUACACGUGUAUAAUGAAUGUGUAGGUUAUAUUUAAGAACUUACAUUGACAUUUUAGAUUUCAGGAUUUGAUUAUAACGUGUUACAUGUCUUUUCACGGUUAAACUAUAUGCUGCCACAAAAAAUUAAAGUAAUUUAUACACAGUA